CUUCCUCUUCCCCACCUGGAGUGAGCCCCAAAACCUGGCCGAACACUUGUUUCAGGGAUCAGCACUCCCAGUCCAACAGCAGCGACACCUAUGUAUCGGUGACGCCAUUCUUAUAUAAACUUCUCUCUCCCAUGCUCUCCCACUGCCACUUUUGAUUCCCAUUGUACUCUGCUUCCACCCACCCACAUUCCGAACGUUGCGUCUCCACUCUCCACCCAAAGGCUUGCCAACCCUUCCUUCAAUGGGCUCGACUACCACACUCCACUCCUUUUCACUGCCCCUUCUUAUCUCAGGGUUUGUGCCUCUUCUAUUUCCAAUAAUGGUGGCUUCAAUCGGAAUCAACUACGGCCAGAUAGCUAACAAUCUUCCUUCUCCGGAAAAUGUUGUUCCGCUCGUUAAAUCUCUGGGCGCAACCAAAGUCAAACUCUACGACGCAGAUCCACGAGUUCUAAAGGCAUUCGCCAACACCGGAGUCGAAUUCAUUGUCGGACUCGGAAAUGAAUACUUGUCCAAAAUUAGAGAUCCAGACCAAGCUCAAGCAUGGGUAAAAACUAACGUUCAAUCAUAUUUACCUGCCACAAGAAUCACUUGCAUUGCAGUCGGAAACGAAGUGUUGACAUUGAACGACACCUCCCUCUCCGACAACCUCCUUCCCGCGAUGCAAAAUGUUCACACUGCCCUAGUCACUCUCAAUCUCCACCAGCAAGUCAGUGUCACUACUGCGCAUUCCUUGGCCGUACUCCAGUCUUCCUAUCCCCCUUCCGCCGGAGCUUUCCGAUCAGAUCUCGCCUCCUGUAUCACUCAGCUCUUGAAUUUCCAUGUUAAAACCGGCUCACCAAUUCUCAUCAAUGCCUAUCCCUACUUCGCAUACAAGGCAAAUUGCAAGCAAAUCCCCAUCGAUUUCGUUCUAUUUCAGCCCAACACUGGCAUUGUGGAUCCUCUUUCGAAUCUUCACUACGACAACAUGUUGUUUGCUCAGAUCGAUGCCGUUUACUAUGCUCUUGCUUCGUUGGGGUUUAAGAAACUGUGCGUGCAAAUCUCCGAGACAGGUUGGCCUUCAAAAGGAGACGAAGACGAGGCCGGAGCAACUCUCGAGAACGCGAAGAAGUACAAUGGUAAUCUGCUGAAGUUGAUUACUCAGAAGAAGGGAACGCCGAUGAGACCGAACUCGGAUUUAAACAUUUUUGUGUUUGCUCUGUUCAAUGAAAAUAUGAAACCUGGACCGACCUCGGAGAGAAAUUACGGAUUGUUCAAGCCAGACGGAACGCCGGCCUAUAUGCUUGGACUGGCUAACCACGUCGGUAGUGCUAGUACUGGCUCAGCUGCUACCAAUACCACUGUUUUAGGUAUGCUGCCCUCCGCCAGCUCUCCCGCUGGCUAUCUCUCGAUUUCAUCUUCUACGGGAAAAGUUGAUUUGCAUAGCGUACUAAUCUUCCUCUGCCUGGUAGUGGUGGUUUGGAUUACAGUGUUGUUUGAGAUCUGAUUGAAUUCAUAAUUUAUCAAAGAAUUUUCAACAAGCUUUUCAUGGCAGAAUCACCCGAUUGAGACGGACUAAUAUGGAUGUAUGGUGUUCGUGUUUCGGAGAUGAGAAAAAGAUGAGCAAAUUAUUUCUCUUUGUUUGCAAGUGAUUUUGUUCUUUGGAAUCAUCAUCUUUUGGGUGCCUCUGCUUCGCUUGAUGGGAGGGAUGGGAGAUAGAAAAACGACAAAGAUGGAUAUUGUACCCCUUUUUAGAUGGCACUGACUUUUCUAUUUGUGAUUGUUUAGGUGGGGAUGGUAGGAGGGGGACGCAGGUGGAUUAUCCUCUGUCACUCACUCUUGUAUUGUAUGUAAUGUAAGGCAUCCGGAUGAUAUAUUACGGAUCAAUUUAUUGAAUCCCAUUUUGUUUGUUUUAAAUACAGGAGGAGACUAAAAAUCUUAACUGGCCCCCUCAAA